AUAACACAAAAAUAAAAUUAUUUUAACAUGUCGACACUCCUUGCAAGCCCUAUGGGAUAGUUCUACUCUAUCUGGUAGGGCCACUAUGAGGUGGAAUCAACUCGACAGCAACAGUUUUCUUUAUGCUAUAAUGGCUUCUAAAUUUGGUUCUAGGUUCAAUGACAAAGAUGGAUUUUGUUUGAAUUACUUCAUCUGAAAAAAUCAAUUUAUCUCACACAUAAUGGCUUUGUAUACUAAAGUUUUACCUGGUGAUAACUUCUGAAACUUAAUAACUAUUCUGAUGGUUCUUCCUACAAUACACUUCCUUAAUGGCAUGGAUGGAUAAGGAAAACCUAACAGUCAUAAAGGAAUUCAUACUAAUGGGGAUCACAGACCGCCCUGAGCUCCAGGCUCCAUUCUUUGGGUUGUUCCUCAUCAUCUACAUGAUCUCAGUGGUGGGCAACUUGGGCAUGAUCAUCCUCACCAAAAUGGACUCCAGGCUAAAAACACCCAUGUACUUUUUUCUCAGACAUCUGGCUUUUACUGAUCUUGGAUAUUCAACUUCUGUGGGACCCAAAAUGUUGGUAAAUUUUGAAGAGAAUCAAAAUACAAUCCCCUAUAAUUGGUGUGCUAUACAGCUAGCUUUCUUCAUAAUGUUCAUCGUUAGUGAACUUUUCAUUCUAUCUGCAAUGACCUAUGACCGCUAUGUGGCUGUCUGUAACCCUCUGCUCUACAAAGUUAUCAUGUCUCAAACAGUAUGCUGGGGUCUGGUGAUAGUUCCCUAUCCCUACAGUGCCUUUCUCUCUCUCCUGACCACAAUAAAGAUUUUUAUUUCUUCCUUCUGUGGCUAUAAUGUCAUUAGUCAUUUCUACUGUGACAGUCUUCCAUUAUUAAUAUUGCUGUGCUCAAGCGCACUUGAUGUUGAACUGAUAGUACUGAUCGGUUCAGCACUUACUUUAGUUUCAUCCUUUCUGGUAGUUCUUGUGUCCUACAUGUCGAUCCUGGCAACUAUUCUUAGGAUGAACUCUGCAGCAGGGAGGUACAAGGCCUUCUCCACUUGUGGAUCUCACCUGAUAGUAGUAUUUGUGUUAUACGGGACUCUAUUCUUUAUGUAUGUGCAACCCAAAUCCAGCCAUUCCUUUGAUACCGAUAAGAUGGCCUCUGUAUUUUACACUGUGGUAAUACCUAUGCUGAAUCCCUUAAUAUACAGUUUGAGGAACAAAGAGGUAAAAGGUGCCUUGCAGAGGAUAUUGAAAAAUUUAUCCGACAUUCCUAUUUAA